AUGUUUAAUUCAUUCAGUAUUAAUACUCAAGAGCUUCAAACUAGAUCUAUAGAGGAAUUGGAGUUAGCUUAUGAGGACGAAAAGAAUUCUAUGAUUGCAAUAACAGAAACUGACGAAACUUUCUAUGAUGACUUUUAUGAUGAAGUAGAUAACAGAAUAAAAAUUGAAAACUCAAUGGAUAUUAUCUUUUUUGGACCAUCCAGCUCAUUUUCGAGGAUCGAUCCUGAGACAAUACUGCACAUAUUAAUUAAUAUAAAGAAACAUUUAAUACCAAUAUCAAGAGCGUUAUUAGCAUGGGAUAUUGUUACCGAUGGAAAAACUGCAGCAUUUUUACAAGGCAGAGAGUUUUUGGCAUUUGGAAGUCUUUUAAAUGUCAUACCGGAAGAAGAUCUAUACUAUGUUAAUUUUGGUGACCCAUCUGUUCACAAGUACUUUUCGAAGAAUAAUAUAGACUUAAGCAAGCGCAAGAUUGGCAUUUUAGCUGCAGCUUAUAGGCGUUACUAUGGUAAUAGCUGGUAUAAAAGUGGUUCUGAAAUUAAUGAAUUGGGAUAUCUAUUGUGUGGAUUCCCUUCGAAUGAUCUUAGAAGAAUAUCACCCGUAACAUUUAAAGAACUUACAUUUGAUGUCUUGAGCAAACUUGGUCGAUGUAAUCCUGAACAAACAAAGACUUUAUAUGAUAUUGCUAUACAUCCGAAUGCUUACGGGGAGCCAUAUACAUGGUCUUCACAUGAAGUUGGCCGAUUAAAUACCUUGUUUACGUGCGUUCCUAAGCAAAAAAUAAGUUCUAUACAAUUGGAAGCGAUCACAGCCAUUAGUCCAAAUGUAAUGAAACUAAUGAAACAGAAUAAAUUGAAUUUUUUUACUAAACCACAGAUACUGAGAAUGAAUCAAAAAACGCGAAGAAUUUAUAUUUUACGUAUGCAAUUAAAAAAUAGCCUAGAUACUAGUCAAAUAGCUAAAAAAGGUAUUCAAAAUAUUAAAACAAAUAUCCUUUUAAAAUUCGUAGUUACCCUAGUACUACUUGCAAUUAUACAAUAA